GUGUGGAACCCUCACCAUUCUUUUUCUCAGUCAUUUCUUCUUGCUCAAAAGUAGAAAAUGAAAAGAGUUUUGAAGUUCUUUUGAAGUUCAGUGGCCCUGCUUCACAGCUCCUGUGAUGGUCAACUUGCCACCCAGUCUUUUUCCCAGCCUGUAUAAAUAGAUAGCACGGAACAUGAACGUUAAUAAACUUUUUGACUGGAGAGAGGUGGGUUAAACAAGUUAAAUAAACCAAAGGGCAAUGUGAGUUGUUUUUAGCAGAUUUGACUAAUAGUCCAGGCUGAAGGGGAAAUUGAUAUUUUUCUAUGUAAUAAAUGUGUAAUAAACAUGUCUCUACUGAUCAGGGGUAGCUAUAUUGUAAUUUACCACAUAAUUUGGAUAUGCUGUUUCUCCUCAGUAUGCAUACUAGCUAGCUACCAAUAGGCCUACCAUCCAGCAUAGAAUGAUUAGGCCUACAUACCUUUUAUAUCGAGAAACUCAUAACAAUCACCCUUAGACGUGAACACGGGACAGAAUGUAACUGUUACUUUUCCAUAUGUAUUUUCAUGAUCAAAAACAACUCACAUACUUUAAAAUUACAGAGUAACGUUAGUAGGUUACUCAAAAUCCACACCAUUCUCAGAGUACUAACCUCUCUUUUGCAACAGGUGUAUGACUGCUUGUCAAAUCAAGCGUGAAAAAAUGAAGUUACAAUCUCGGCGAUUACUCUUGAGGCUCGCUGUUAACCUCCGGGGUAGCAGUAUGAAUAGGCUGUAAACUCCACCAUGGAUAUUCCCAAUACUUCGACAAGUGGUUGUAUGCCUACAAAGAGUACGAAAAGAAAACGUUCCUCACUUUCUCCGCUUCUGCGAAAGAAAAGAGUUCUCCGCUCAAAACUGAGAAUAAAAUAUAAUGUCCGAUAGAUAAAACGUGUAGCUACCAACGUAUUUAGACAGUUGUUUUUUCUGUAAAAACAAGACAGCUCAGCAGUUCGACUUGUUCUGUGCUCAUAGCCUUUUAGAAACGGUCAAGGUAGCACACAGGUGACGUCAUGAGAUAUCGGUUAAAUGGCACCUGCAGAGCAGAGCACAGGCUUAAAGCCCUUUUGUUUUUAAAGACCAUGGUUAAUCAAGUGUAACCGUUAACAACCCCUUCAAUUGAGAUACCGUUUCCUAGUUUCACAUGUAUGUGUUAAGUUUAGGUAAUGUUCCAGGCGAUAUACCAAAGUGCAUUGAAGUUGAGGCAUGGGUAGGCCAGUCCAGAGGUUAACACCAUGCCACAGGAGCUUAAUGGACAGUGCAGGACAGUGAAACAUUAAUGUCUAAACAAUAGGGUGUAAACAGGGGGCUGGGAUAAGACUGGAACUAGACAGGUCUGUAGGCAUAGAUCUACAUAUAAUGGAUGCUCAUUGUGAGCAAGGUCUAAAUAGACAGGACCAAAAACAGGCUCUAGCUUGUUUAGAGACAGUGACAUUAUAAGGCAGCAACAGUGCCUUGACUUUUUGUUGCAGGCUUAUAAUGGCAAUGCUUUUCUACACGUCUAUUUUUGUUUCUCAAUAUCCUUGACCAGUUCCUAGUUAGGAAAAAGAGAAGUGAGUGACAGACAGAAAGACAGACACUGUCGAGGUCUUCGCUGCUAAUGUAAAGAAGGACAGUGAGUAAGGGAGUGGGGGAGCGUCAGAGAUGGCUUUGGGAGUCUUCCAGACUGGCUGGAUGAGGCUGCUCUCACUUAUCCUGCAAGGCUGCUGUGUGGGUGUCCUCUGUAGUGACUGGGCUGUGCGUGUCCCCUCCGCUCCCCUGUGUGCCGUGGCCGGCUCGUCUGUGGUCCUCCCCUGCUCCUACGACUACCCUCAGCCCUACAGGGUGCUGUCUGAGAUGUGGUGCCGGGACCAGAGCCGCUGCAUCACCCCCAGGUACGUGUACCAUAGCCAGGGCAUCUUCCCUGAGCCAGCCUCCCAGGGCAGAGUGGAGUACCUGGGGAAGGAAGGAACCAGGAACUGCUCCCUGAGGAUCUCUGAUCUGAGGAGGUCUGAUAGCGGGACAUACGUCUUCUAUUUUAUCACCAACCACCCAGUGGAGAAGCCUCCUGGACAGCCUGGAGUAACCCUGCUAGUGGCAGAUCAUUCCAGUGAAGUAGCAGUGUCCCUCAGUCCCGCUGGUGAUGUUGUUGAGGGCAGCUCAGUGACGUUAUUCUGCUGUAGAACUGCCCACACUCCAGUGGAGGGCUACACCUGGUACAAGACUGUAGGCUACGCGGCUGGUGAUAAGAGACAGAUGAUGACCAUCACCAAUAUCAGCGCAACAGACAGUGGAAACUACUACUGUGAGGCCCUGACCACUAAUAGACCAAUCCACUCCUCAGCGUUGUCUAUUAAUGUCCAGUAUGCUCCAAAGAACACAUCAGUGUCAGUCAAUCCUUUUGGGGAGCUAGUGAUGGGCAGCUCUGUGACUCUGUCCUGCAGCAGUGAUGCCAACCCUGCAGUAGAGCGCUACACCUGGUUUCAGAGGACAGAAUCCCAAGCUUCACUGAGAGGGUCAGGGCAGAGUUACAGCAUCACUAACAUCAGCCUUGAGGACAGUGGGCAGUACUGCUGUGUAGCGAUGAACAAGCAUGGAUCACAGAGCUAUACUGUUACCAUGACUGUGGGGAAAGUAAAUGGCCAGUCCUCCAUACUGUGGAGGUUGGUGGUGACAGUGGGGAUCCCCAUCGCUCUGACACUGAUCAUCAUUAUAACAGUGGCUUGCAUUAGGAGGAAAACUCUCCCAGCAUCAAGUCAACAAGGUUACAGUCUUACAGAGACCACCAUCCAGCAGCCAUUACCAUAAUACUACAUAAAGGAUGACCAUAACAAAUGAGACACUUAAAUUAACAGGAACUGAAAGGGAACUGAAUUAACUCUGGUGGGAGAUGUUGUGCCCAGUUUACUGCCACACAGUGGCACUGUUGUGUAGCUGUGUCCAGCUGUAUUCUUUAAUAACAUGUACAGUAAUAUCUGUAGAAUGUACUGUGCACCUUCAGCUCUCUACUGUAGAAAAUAAGUAAUUUCACUGUAAUAGGCCUACUGUAAUUUACUUAUUUUAUGAUGGAGAGUUGUUGAGUACUGGAUGACCAAAAGUGAAACGACAACCAGAGAUUAGUUUCAAUAUAUGUAAAUAUAUAUUUCAAUUGAAUUACAAUGAUUUAAAAAUUGAUCAUAACAUACUGUAUAUAUAACAUAACCAUAUGUCACAAUGCAAUGCUACACCACCCCAGGCUGAGCUCUGCCUAUUUUUAUUUUCUUUUUAAAUGUAACCUUUACUUACCUAGGCAAGUCAGUUAAGAACAAAUUCUAUUUACAAUGACGGCCUACCC